CAUUUCCAGCGCUCCCUGCGGCCUCUGCCUGGGGAGUUAGGUUUGGUGACCGAGAUCAGCGCUACCAAAUUGCAGCGGGGCUGAUCUGGGGGCUGGGAAUUUGCCAUUCUGCUGUACAGACCCUGGGUUUUUUUAAAAGCAAGAUUUUAGGUGAUGGGCAGAUCAGAAAGUCAGAUGGAUAUAACUGAUAUCAACACCCCAAAGCCAAAGAAGAAACAACGAUGGACUCCGCUGGAGAUCAGCCUCUCCGUCCUCGUCCUGCUUCUCACUGUCAUAGCUGUGACCAUGAUAGCGCUCUAUGCCACCUAUGACGAUGGUAUUUGCAAGACAUCAGACUGCAUAAAAUCAGCUGCUCGACUGAUCCAGAACAUGGAUGCCACCGCUGAGCCCUGCACAGACUUUUACAAAUAUGCCUGUGGAGGCUGGUUGAAACGCAACGUCAUUCCCGAGACCAGUUCCCGUUACAGUAACUUUGACAUUUUAAGAGAUGAGCUGGAAGUCGUUUUGAAAGAUGUCCUUCAGACACCCAAGACUGAAGAUAUAGCAGCAGUGCAGAAAGCAAAAACAUUGUACAGGUCCUGUGUAAAUGAAACUGCUAUUGAUAGUAGGGGUGGAGAGCCUCUCCUCAAACUGUUGCCAGAUAUCUAUGGGUGGCCAGUAGCGACAGACAACUGGGAGCAAAAAUAUGGAGCUUCUUGGACAGCUGAGAAGUCUAUUGCACAACUGAAUUCUAAAUAUGGGAAAAAAGUCCUUAUUAAUUUUUUUGUUGGCACUGAUGAUAAGAACUCUACGAACCAUAUAAUUCAUAUUGACCAACCUCGACUUGGCCUCCCUUCCAGAGACUACUAUGAAUGCACUGGAAUAUAUAAAGAGGCUUGUUCAGCAUAUGUGGAUUUUAUGAUUUCUGUGGCCAAACUGAUUCGUGAAGACGAAAAAUUACCCAUUGAUGAAAACCAGAUUUCUUUGGAAAUGAAUAAAGUUAUGGAAUUGGAAAAAGAAAUCGCCAAUGCUACAAGCAAACCUGAAGAUCGAAAUGAUCCGAUGCUUCUUUAUAACAAGAUGACUCUGGCCCAGUUUCAAAAUAACUUUUCACUAGAGAUCGGUGGAGAGCCAUUCAGCUGGUCUAAUUUCACAAAUGAAAUCAUGUCAACUGUGAAUAUUAAUAUUCCAAAUGAGGAAGAUGUGGUUGUUUAUGCUCCAGAGUAUUUAACCAAACUUAAGCCUAUUCUUACCAAAUAUUCUGCCAGAGAUCUUCAAAAUUUAAUGUCCUGGCGAUUCAUAAUGGAUCUUGUAAGCAGCCUCAGCCGAAACUACAAGGAGUCCAGAAAUGCUUUCCGCAAGGCUCUUUAUGGCACAACAUCAGAAACAGCGACUUGGAGACGUUGUGCAAACUACGUCAACGGGAAUAUGGAAGAUGCUGUUGGAAGGCUUUAUGUGGAGGCGGCUUUUGCUGGAGAGAGUAAACACGUGGUUGAGGAUUUGAUUGCACAGAUCCGGGAAGUGUUUAUUAAGACUUUAGAUGACCUCACUUGGAUGGAUGCUGAAACUAAAAAGAGAGCUGAAGAAAAGGCGUUAGCAAUUAAAGAGAGAAUCGGCUAUCCUGAUGAUAUUAUUUCAAAUGAUAACAAACUGAAUAAUGAGUACCUUGAGUUGAACUACAAAGAAGAUGAAUAUUUUGAGAACAUAAUUCAAAAUUUAAAACUGAGCCAAAGGAAACAACUAAAGAAGCUCCGAGAAAAGGUGGACAAGGAUGAGUGGAUAAGCGGAGCAGCUGUAGUCAACGCAUUUUAUUCUUCAGGCAGAAAUCAGAUAGUUUUCCCAGCUGGCAUUCUGCAGCCGCCUUUCUUUAGUGCCCAGCAGUCCAACUCAUUGAACUAUGGUGGCAUCGGCAUGGUCAUAGGACACGAAAUCACACAUGGCUUCGAUGACAAUGGCAGGAAUUUUAACAAGGAUGGAGACCUCGUGGACUGGUGGACCCAACAGUCUGCAAAUAAUUUUAAAGACCAAUCCCAGUGCAUGGUAUACCAGUAUGGAAACUUCUCCUGGGACCUAGCAGGUGGACAGCACCUCAAUGGAAUUAAUACCCUGGGAGAAAACAUUGCCGAUAAUGGAGGUAUUGGACAAGCAUACAGAGCCUAUCAGAAUUUUGUUAAAAAGCAUGGUGAAGAAAAAUUACUUCCCGGACUUGACCUAAAUCACAAACAACUGUUCUUCUUGAACUUUGCCCAGGUGUGGUGUGGGACCUAUAGGCCAGAGUAUGCAAUCAAUUCCAUUAAAACAGACGUGCACAGUCCAGGCAAUUUCAGGAUUAUUGGGACUUUGCAGAACUCUGCAGAGUUUUCAGAAGCCUUUCACUGCCCUAAGAAAUCAUACAUGAAUCCUGAAAAGAAAUGCCGGGUCUGGUGAUCUUCGGAAGAAACUGCAGCUCUUGGCGAGACUUGCCAACAUGACAGAAAUGGGGAACUCUCAAGAUGAGAGAAAAUGGGCCCUAGGGGUCACUAUAGUGACUUGGGGGUGACUAACAGAGAUGAGUGCAUCACAGUACAAAUGAAAUUAUGUUAUUCUGUAAGACUGUAGAGGGAGGAAGGGGGUCUGAAGUCUGUCAAGUCAGUCAUUUCUCACUGUGUAAAUAAUGCUUAAUUUCUAAAGAGAAUAUUAUUGUCCGUUUCUGUUUCUCAUGUGGGCUGCCAGUUUGAUGUUGUCCCUAGAAAACAGUGUUAACCAACUGAGGUAGGCCGGGAUUUCUCAUCAAAAAGGGAAAGAAGACAUUGAAAAAUACAAUCCGACCUCAAAAGCACAGUGGUGACAUGAUAGUUUAAAACACAUCACCUAAAUAUUAGUUUUUACUUUUGUUUGCAACAUUUACGCUCCUUCAAAACCCUUCCAAAGAAUAUUUAUACACAUUGAGGCCUUGGGGCUUAUCUAGUUUUAAACUCAUUUUGCCAUGGAUCAGUUAUUCAUUCUGUGAUCAUUUAUUUUAAGCACUCUUGGGGCAAAAAUGAAUGUCUAAAACUGUUUUUUGUUGUACUUGCUUUGACUGAUCUUGAGAUUCUUUUUCUAAGCAAUUUCUUGCUCUAGUCUCAAAACUUGGUCUUUUUAAGAGAUUUAUAGUAAUGUAUAAAUAAUAAUUUUUAUAUUUAAUUAUUGACUACAUUUAUGACUAAGUAACUGUUAUUAUAGGCAAUCAUUAAAUAUUGAAGUUUUAGACCAAGAUAAACAGUUGUCAACUAAGAUCUGUAAAGUGAUAAACAGAUGAAAGUUUGAGACUUUUUACACUUAUAAAUCAUAUUGAUGAAAAGCUUUAAACACAAACCUUGGGGUAAAAAUUGCCAUUGAAGAGUUGUCUAGGGAUAUACAGUAAUUGUGGUUUACAAAUUGGGCUUUCACAAUAAAAUUUGUCCCUGAGAGGGGCUCUGAUAAAAGGGCAAAACUGCAUCUAUGUAGCUCUGCGUCUCCUAUCUUUUCUGGUUUGUCAUCUGAUGGAAAUAUUUUGAUAAUAAAUUAGAAUUGUGAGCCCAUUACUCACUAA